AUGAGUAGCAGCCGAGGAGCAUUGCAUCGUCGUUCAGAAUUCAUGCAAAUGGCCUCGGGCAUUGGUCAUGAUCUGGCGAAUACAUUUGGGAAGUUGGAACAACUGAAUGGACUGGCUUUACGGCAGUCUUUGUUUGAUGAUCAUAGUGCAGAAAUACAACACUUGACUUAUAUUAUCAAAGAAGAUAUGGCUGAUUUAAACCAUCGAAUUGCCGCGUUACAAGAUCUAUCCAAGUGUCAGAAAUCUUCAAGUAAGCAACAAGCCAAUCAUUCCCGCUCUGUGCUUAUGGGACUGCAAACACGGCUGGCCAAAAUGUCCAACCAGUUUCGUGGCCUAUUGGAAAAACGCUCGGAAAAUUUGCGCACUCAAGCCCAACGACGUGGUAAAUACACAGCUCUGCAAUCGGACAAUGGCUCCUCUGGGGAUUUGUUCUCAGCUGGUGUGGCUCGGGCCCAGCACACUGUAAUCCCAUCAGUUCUGCUCCGGGUAGGUCUUCAUGGACUCCUGCGUGUGUUUGUGCUUGCUUUGGUUGCUUUAGAUUACUUUGGGGGAGGUUUUAAGGUUUAG